ACCCCAAAGCGGCACCGCGAAUCAGUCGCAAAAAAGUGCCCGUCGCCAGAACGCUGAAAAAACAGCAAACAAUUGAGAUAAAUAAAUAGACUCGAGGUAGAAAUAGUGUCAGAGUGACAAGAAGCAGCCAAAAGCGAGAGCUGCCACAAAAAUCGAAUUGGUUAAGGAAACAAUAUCAAGGAAAUCGCCGAGAGGAUAACGAAAGCGCUGCCCGCAAACGUGCGACCCCCUCCAUCAGUCCAUCGGUCCAUCAAUCCAUCAGUCCAUCAGUCCAUCCAGCCAACUAUCCCCAUCCAGUCAAUCCAGAUAUCCGCGAAUCCAGGAGCGAGCGGUGACGAAAGCAGCAAACAACACAACAAACCCAAAGCACACACUCCACAAAGAUGUCAUGGAGAUAUGCGCUUCUCACAGACAGAUACAGCAGCAGUAUCGGCGAUAGAUAUAGUCCCCACUAUUAUCAGUCGCCCAGCCGCCUGGAGACCUCCGAACAGACCACAGGCCGCCAGCUGCAGCGGGUCCUCCACUACUCGAUGGCUCCUAGCCGGGCACUUCCGGGACUAAGACGCGCCGAGUGCGCCAUCCACGACGUUGACUGUGAUGAGGUCUACCCGGGCAUCUACAUUGGCGAUGCUGCGGCGGCCAAAAACAAAACGUAUCUGCGGAUGAUGGGCAUCACCCACGUGCUGAACGCGGCCGAGGGAUGUCGGUAUGGCCAGGUGGACACUGGACACAGCUACUACCGCGAUAUGCCCAGCAUCAGAUACAUGGGCUUCCCCAUGGUCGAUGCCCCCACGACAGACAUCUCGCGCUACUUCUACGUGGCCUCCAAGUUCAUCGACAGCGCCAUCAGCAGCGGCGGCAAGAUCCUGGUCCACUGCCUGGUGGGCAUGUCGCGGUCGGCCACCUGUGUGCUGGCCUACCUGAUGAUCUGCCGGAAGAUGUCGGCGGUGGACGCGAUACGCACGGUGCGGAUGAGGCGCGAUAUUCGGCCGAAUGACGGAUUCCUGCAGCAACUGGCCGACUUGGACAUGGAGCUAAAGCGCAAGAACCUGUAUCCCUACUAAUACCCUUUUUGUGCGACUUGCGAUUUGGGACGGGGAGCCUGAGAGACAACCAAAGAUCCAGGAGAGCAAUAACGGGGGUAAACGGCUUGGAUCUUGAGGGGAUCCGGCGACUAACCAAAAGAAAACAGAAAAAACAGAGUUUAUAAUUAUGAAAUGAAAAUUGAAAAUUGAAAAUCGUUGUUCUAAACAAAAAAAGAAAUGGAAGCCUACAAAGCUAACGACUUAUAAUGGUAACUUGGUCUUCUGAUAUAUAAACUGUUCAUCCCCAAAACUGUAUAAUCGCGGCAUACCCAUAUUGUAGGACUAAUGUAUACACAGCCAGCCAUAAGGGAAUCAAGUUAUCUCCACUCUCACUCGAACACACACUUAGAGACCUAGAUUGGUAGUAGAGCCACGAUCGAAGCCAUACGAGGCGAUCAACCUAUAUACCUUGCCUAUACCUAGACGUACAGAUUUAUAUACUAUACAUGUAUUCCGGACCCACAUCUAUGCGUAUUUUUUCUAAGGCUCUCAUCUGUGUUAGCGUUCUGUUUCAUCCCAUAUACACCAAUCCCAUAUACACCAAUCCCCCAAUCCUAUAGCAAGCCCAAAUCCUCCAUAUCCCAAACAUAUAUGUAGAUGUACAUAUAAGAAGAGCUGAAACUAGAUCAUGAACAAUGUUUGCGCGGACACAAACGUAACCAGAUGCAUAUAUACUGAUAUAUAACUGUGUAACGGAUAUACAAGCAUGCGUUAUAUACACCUAUACCAUAUAUAUACUAUAUACACCAAGUGUGGACAAUGUAAUAAAACCAAAUUCAUAUUUUCUAGAACAUGUACGAUGUUUAAGAGCAGACGAAACAAAUAACUAAACCAAAUCAAAUGAGCAGAACAAGUAACUAAACUAAAAGUAAACUUAAGGAGUGAUUAAUAAUAAAAACCAAAACAAGAAC